GAUUUGUAAAGAGAAAGCCUGCAGUAUAACUUCUUCGCAGUGCUAUUAUUGUUUAUAUUUCAUUUGAGUAAUUAAACAAAUCCACAUAUAAAAUGGCGUGCAUAAGGAUUUUCACAUUGCUCUUGAUCGCCGUUACGUAUUAUGUUCUGUGCAGUUGCAAAUUUUUGGCAAGAAAUAAUUUCCAGCUGAAGGAUCAUUCGAGCUUAUUUCGUCAAUCGAGUGCCGCUCUUCACCGCCAACAGCAUGCGGCAUUCACAAGGGGAAACAUUCAGCAAACAUUACGUGAGAAACGUUCACAGAAAUAUGACAACUUUAUUGAACAACCCAGCGCCGUGAUGGAUUUGGCGCCACGCCUCAGCAGUUUCGAUCGAAUACCGUUUAAUGACUAUAAUCGUAUAGUGAGCGCGUUGAAAGAAAUGCUGCGUGUAAAUGAAGAAAAAUCCGUUAUGUUGCGCCCACGACCCGGUCGUCGUGCUUUGGAUGGUGAUUCCCCAAUCUUGCAAUAUUUUAUAGACGACACUGGCAAUUUGGGUAUUGGCUCCUCUGAUAUUGUUGCUGUUGUGGGCGAAGAUGAUGACGGACUGACGGAUACGUCAUUGAAAAAGUCGGCGCCAUUUAAACCACGACUUGGUAAACGCCGCGGAAACCAAAUAUGCGUAUGA